GUUGGUCCGCUCGCCGCUAGUUUGCAGGGAGCAGCGUUAUUGCUGAGCAACGGAGGGAGAAAAGGCCGACGCGCAGAGCCAGGCUGAACUGCAGCAACGACAGGGCUGGGCUCCACACACACACACAUUCAACAGUAACGUACACCAGAAAGGAAAAGGGAUGGCCUAGCUGUGAGGUGUUGUCGGCAGUCUAGCAGCAGUGAGCUACCUGGACCAGAGGUGUGUACCAGAGGCAGCAGCAGGUUGCAGAGAUGAGUGUGACCUCCUGGUUCCUGGUGAGCAGCGGGGGGACUCGCCACCGACUCCCCCGGGAAAUGAUCUUUGUUGGCCGGGAUGACUGCGAGCUCAUGCUACAGUCACGCAGCGUGGAUAAGCAGCAUGCAGUCAUCAACUACGAGGCUGGGACUGACGAACACAAGGUCAAGGACCUGGGAAGCCUGAAUGGGACCUUUGUAAAUGAUGUCCGCAUCCAGGAGCAGAUGUACAUCACUCUGAAGUUGGAGGACAAACUGAGGUUUGGAUAUGAUACCAACCUGUUCACGGUGGUGAGAGGAGAGCUCACUGUGCCUGAGGAGGCUCUAAAGCAUGAAAAGUUCACCAGCGGCCUCCAGCUGAGCAAGAAGCCGCCCAAUGGCGAAACCACUACUACCACAACCACAAGCAAGUCUCCCACUAAGACCCCAACAAAGACGCUGAAGUCCGCCAGUGGCAGCACCCCGAGGUCGGGGGAGAGUAGAGCAACAGAUGGGGUCACUGCUUCCAAAGAGCCAACAGCUAAACCUGUGGACACUCACAAAGCAGAGGAGAGGUUAGGAGGGGAUGUUACAGCGCUGCCUCGUGGGACCCCCCUGUACGGCCAGCCGUCUUGGUGGGGGGAUGGGGAUGCAGACGAUGAGAACUCCUUCAAACAGGAAACCAAGUCAUCCAACAAAAAACAUGACAGCUCCAUGUCAGUCCCAGACAGCAAAGAGGCACGUCGAGGGGAGAAAGCUAAAGAGGACGGCCUUCAUGCGUCUGCCGCCCACGAUUCAAGUUACUUUGAGAUCCCUACCAAGGAGGGUCACAUGGCCAAUAACGGCAUCCAUGAGAUUCCCACCAAGGACACAGAGGGCACCACCACUCACCCUAGCACCACUGCAGCUCAAGGUCACGCCUCCUUCACCAUAGAGUUUGACAAUACUUCUCCUGGGAAAGUCACCAUAAAAGACCAUGUGUCAAAGUUCACACCCGACCACCACAGAUCUCGCUCCAAGAAGAGUGGAACAGGAAGUGGAGGAGCAGGAGGGAGGGACUUGAGCACACUGCAAGCCGCUAUGAUGGCAUCGGAGAGCAAGGUGGCCGAUUGGCUGGCCCAGAACGACCCUACUCUGGUGCGCAGCGAGUCAACGGAGGACGACAGCAAGAGCAUCAAGAGCGAUGUGCCGGUCCAUCUCAAAAGACUAAAAGGCAGCAAGCAUGAGGAUGGCACCCAGAGUGACUCAGAGAAUGGACUGGGCCUGCGUUUCGCCAACCGCCGCCAUGCCCUUGAGGAACGCCUAAAAGCAGUACACGGCCACGUCGGAGGAGGAACAGGAGGGGGUAACAUAACAGUGAGCGGGACCAGAGCAACCAGCUCCCGCACUGCCUUCAUGAUCGAGUUCUACGACGAGGAAAACCCUCGCAAGCGGCGGUCGUAUUCGUUUUCCCAGACUGCACCCCUGCAGGUGGGAGGAGCUGGCGGGGAGGGACUGUGUCCCCAGCCUCCCUCUCACCCCAAGGUGUUCAGCAUUUCCACAUCUGCUACUACAGCCUCAGACUCAGGUAAGGUUCCAGCUCCGAUAUCAGCUACAGUGGCUGCAGGUGCCCCUACGGCUGCCCGCGUCCUUCUCAAGCAGAGGUCAGAGGACCCGAGUAUCGGUCGCAGCUCAGCCAGUACCGGGCUGGCGACAGGAAGUCCCACCAGCCCCAGCGAAGACGCCUCGGUCGUCGGGAGAGGAGCGGGAACUGCUGGAGGGGAGGCAGAGGACGACCGCAGCGAUAAGGGGACCUACACUAUCGAACUGGAGAACAGGAACGCAGAGGAAGAGGAGGCCAGGCGCAUGAUCGACAAGGUGUUUGGUGUGCAGCAGAACCAGGACACCUCUAGUCUGUCAGACCUGAAAGGAGAAGGAAAAGGAAAGGAGACAGGAGAAGCAGGGAAAGAGGCUCUUCCUGGUGACUCGAGCUGGGUCUCUCAGUGGGCCAGUCUAGCUGCCAAUCACACCAGGACAGACCCAGAGGGCUCAGGAGCAGAAACAGCUGCCUUCCUGCACAAAGAGAGAGCUGAUGCCUUUGAGUCUGGAGCAUCUCUCAGCAGAGAUGAAUCCUCCUCCAGUCUGACCGACCGUAAGCGCAGGACCCUCCCCCAGCUCCCUGUGGAUGACCCCCGGGCUAAAUCCUGCACCAAAGCUCUGGGACUGAGGUCCGAGAUUGGGGAGAAACAGGACACUGAACCCCAGGAAAAAGAGAACAAGGGAGACGGGGAGUCCCCAACUCCCAUGGGCGACGGUGAGAUGACCAGUAAAAGGAAACAAAGCUCCACCUCUUCUCCAUCCAAGGCUCCUCUCCGGACCUCUGGCAGCAGUGAGCGGAAGAAGAGGUCAGAGGAGAGGAAAGGAGGAGGAGGAGUAGCAGAAGGAGGAGAGAAGUCUGGGAAGCCUCUAGUACGCCAGGGCAGCUUCACAAUUGAGAAGCCCAGCGCUAAUGUCCCUGCAGAGCUCAUCCCACGCAUCAACAGAGGCGGCAGUGGGCGUGAACGCAGUGACUCUGUGGGCAGCAUGGAUACUGCUACGCUCCUGAAGGACACUGAAGCUGUCAUGGCAUUCCUGGAGGCCAAACUAAGAGAUGAAAACAAACUAGACCAGAAAAGUAAUAAAACUGGCAUCAGCACUAAGGGUUCAGGUUCUGGCUUCCCCCCUCGGACUGACUCUAUAUCUCCUGAGUCUGAUGUGGACACGGCCAGCACAGCUAGUCAUGUGGCUGGAGAGGCAGAGAGGAAAGCAUCAGCUGGUGGCGAACAAAAACGACGUUCCUUCAGCAGCAUGCACCGGGAGAAAAGCAACAUGAGCACAGCUUCCAAGACCAGCGUCACUAACGCAAGUGCCCGUGAACGCUUGGAGAGAAAGUCUAAAACAAGAACAGUGGAGGCGACGAGCCGGACUGAUGCACGCCGCUCUGUUCAGCCGUCCUCUGCCUCCUCCAGAGCACGCCAGCCUUCUCUGGAUCUCACUGAUGAUGACCAAACGUCUUCCUUCCCCAUCUCUGACAUCCUCUCCUCAGACCAGGAGACUUACUCUGGACCUUUGGGGCAUUCCAAACUCGACACCAGGUCUGCUAAAGCCUCCACCAGUGGAUCCUCCAAAACCAGCCGCACUCUCCAGGCAGCCACGACCUCUUCCCUGAACAAGCAGGCCUCACUGCCUCAGCCGCGCCCCACAAGAGCCUCCCUUCUCCGCCGUGCCCGGCUAGGGGAUACAUCUGACACGGAUCUAGCUGAUGCAGACAGGGUGUCUGUCGCCUCUGAGGUGUCCACCACCAGCUCCACCUCUAAGCCGCCAUCCGGUCGGAAGGGACUGUCACGGCUGGAUAUGCUGGCUCAGCCACGUAGGACCCGAUUGGGUUCCAUCUCAGCCCGCAGUGACUCAGAGUGUACAGUGACACGGAGCUCCACCUCUUCACCCCGCCUGUCAGCUGAGACUGCUCUGCGUCUGGGCUUGCGCUCAUCAACACCAACAGAGAACAGGCUGACGCCCAGGAUGAGGGCUAACAGCGUGUCCAAACUGAAUGAGACCAAGACUAAAACCACUACAUCUGGAUACUGCUCGCCCACAGAGAGCUCUCAGCCCGAACCUGAGGGUGGUGAUGCAGAGGAAGAGCUGAUGGUGUCCAGUAGCAGCAGGUGGAGACGUCUGCCGCCUGAGUACGGCUCCACCUCAGAGGAAGAGUUUGGCUCCAACCGGAAUUCUCCGAAGCAUGGAGGACGCUCCCACAUGCGACCUCACCACCUCGUCCCACACCGCAGCUCCAGACUCAGCACCACCGCCAGCCCAGGCUCCGGCAUGGUGACGGGUCCAGGUGGAGUUGGGGUCAAACACCGCAUGAAGGAGCAAGAGGAGUACAUCAGGGACUGGACAGCACACAGCGAAGAGAUAGCCAGGUUGUUCCCAUGUGUGCGCAGGAUCAGCCAGGACCUGGCUAAGGACUUGGCCAUCUUGGCCCGUGAGAUCCACGAUGUGGCCGGUGAGAUCGACUCGGUCAGCUCAUCUGGCACGGCACCCAGCACCACCGUCAGCACCGCUGCCACCACCCCGGGAUCGGCCAUCGACACCCGGGAAGAGGUAGGCCCUGCACGUCCCACGCAGCCGGAUAUACAGGAGAGCAUGAGAAAGUUGGUGGAUCGGGUGUUUGAUGAGAGCCUCAACUUCAGGAAGAUCCCGCCUGUGAUUUCAACCAAUAAGGCGCCAGAGAUCAACGGUAAGCCAGUGGAGCUCCGCCCCCGUGCUCCUGACAGUCUGGAGCCCCGAGCUCUGAGGAGACGCACCUGGAACCGAGAGGAGGCGGUGUUGGACAGCCUGCUGCUCAAUUCAGUUUCUCAGCUGUCCACCAAGAUCAGACACUCUGUUGACAAAACAGCAGGAAAAAUCAGGAUAUUGUUCAAGGAUAAGGAAAGGAACUGGGAUGAAAUUGAGAAUAAACUCCGAUCAGAGAGUGAUAUACCACUCCUGAAAACCUCCAACAAGGAGAUCUCCUCAAUUCUGCUCGAACUGAAGAGAGUUGAGAAGCAGCUUCAAGUGAUCAAUGUGAUGGUAGACCCAGAUGGGACUCUGGAUGCCUUGGCCAGCCUCGGCCUGACCAGCCCCACCACCCCUACCAAGUCCCAAACCGCCAAAAUAACUUCCCCCUCUGCCACCAGCCCUGGGUCUCUGCCCCCAGCCAAAGAAUCACUGCCGGAGAUCCUUCCUGGGCCUGGAGGAUCAACAGCCAGGGUUCAGGCUGCCUCUGCCAGCACAGAGGAGACUGCACGACACCCCAGCGUGGGUCUGGGGUUAACAGGAGUGGGAGGACUGCCCUUCAACCGCGUGCGGCCGAGCGGAGAGGAGGCCAUCGCACAGAAAUGAACAGAAAGGUGGCUGGUGAGCCAUGUUCACAACAAUGAAGCAGGUGUAGAAACAUUUAAAGAGUUUUUCUGACAGUUGCCAUUUUUCUGACUAUACCAGUCAAGGAUUAUGGGUAUAAUAUAAACAUUAUUUAGCUGAAGUGUUACCAGAUCUGGCCGGAAAUGAAGUACUUCAAUUGACCUUUAGACUCCACAGGCUAAACCCCAUCUGUUGCAUCAUGGAUAUACUCUCGAACGGAAAUUGACCCAUGAAUGAUUUGGAUAGAGUCAUAUAUGAGCUUUUCAACUUUAAACUGUUCAUGCUUACUGGCCAACCUGACUUCCUGUUGGACUGAAGGCUACCUGGCUGCUCUCUCAGUGGACAGAUCUCUGUGGUUGUACAGUCUCCACUCUCCUCCAGUCUUCUCCUCUUGCCUUCUCCAUGUGUCUGGACCCUACUUACACUAAGGACAUGCCUUAAAACACAUCCUCGAUAGUAGCAGCCCCUGUCCCCUCAAAUAAUAUACAACUUUUAAGGCUUUAUAACAGUACUUUCAGACAAACAGAAUGCAUUGUAAAAUAACACUUGCAAAAUAUGUUCUAUUUACACUAUGAUGAACUACAGCACACUGCAGUGAUUUAUUAGCUCUUGUUCAGUAUAAAGAAUAUUUCAGCAGCCUUAAGUAACCACCCCGACAAACCACACAGUCAUACAGACAUGCUUUAUGCCUGAAACUGAAUUGUAGAUUUUAGAUAUUUCAUAACUCUAACCGUCCACUGAUGCACCUCUCAAACUGACUGUUGAAAAGGAUUUGUAGUGCCUCCCCAUCUCUGUGCUCACCUAUUUCUUCUUCACCCAUUAUGUUUUACUCUUUCCUUCCCUUCCUUUCUGUCCCAGUAGAAAAAAUCUUACACAAAGUUUGUCACUGCAGUAGCAUGUACAGGACAGAGCUGAGAGCUUUCUUCCUGCAAGUUGGUGUCUGUGUUGAUCUUACUAAUACUGAAUGGUAGUUUUACAGAAUAGUAACAGCCUUUGGGAAACCAAUGAUCAUUUUCACUCAAAAUAUUCACCUACCAAAGUUAACAAGUUUGUUUAUGUUGUCAUUUUCAAACAUUUGAGCCAUCUUGAAAUUCAUCUGUUGUGCAAAAACCUGAGAAUCUGUAUUUUUUUAAAAAGGCAGUUCAUCUCAUAUGUCUCACCUUCGUCUGCGGUUCACCUUUUUCUCUGAAUGUCAAAACCAUUUUUCUGUCAACAAAUCAAAGAUUCUUAUUUAUUAUAAUGAAACAGUUUAAUUCAUUCAUUCACUGCUACUAUAUCUUUUUUGGCCCAUGCGACAUGGCCUGUGAGAAUCAGUGCCCUUACUUUUUGCAGUACGUCCACUCAAGUGUCCUAUAAUUUCCAAUUGGCUUUUUUCUACUUUUUCCAGUCACGGGGGAUGUGACUUAUUUUUGAACUAGCAAUGAUGAGCAAAGAAAAUAACUUUAAACUAAAUAUUUUAUAAUAUUUAGAUACUGGUAUUGUAGAUAUUGUAAACCAUUACUUUUUAAUGCUUCACAAUAAAUGUUUUAUUUUGUCUGUCACUAACCAGUUUGAGCUCAAGUACACAUAACCUGAACAUGGAACAGCUGCUGGAAUUGGUUUUAAUUAAUGUCUUGUCGAUAAGAACAUGGGCAACUUAGAAGGAGGCCUUUUGUGGUUCAAAAUGUGUCUUUGAGGAAUGUCAGUGAGUAGAAAUGAACAGCCCCAUCUAUUUUAUGAAUUUUGCUUAUAAUACUGCUUAAUAUCAGUGUAUAUAGGUGCACUGUAUCCACCGAGGAGGGAAGUUCCAGCGUACUGAUACUGUAGAAUUGCAGAGACAGUAUAGUUAACCUCUUGACUUGACUUGACUCUUGCUGCUUUUCUAGUUACUUUAUGGGGACUAACCAUUUUCAGAAUUUCUCUUCAGCUUAUCGUCUGUGUUCUAGCGUAAAAUGACUUUAAAGCAGUAUAUUAGUACUUAGAUACUCUUGCAAUAGUGAAUUUAGGUACCAGAAUACAUGUUCAUUUCCUUCUCUCUAUACUGUACUGUACAAUGUUUUUCGAUGCCUCAAAGAGCCCAUUUUCACUAUAGAAGGGCAUUGAUUAAAAGAAAAAAGAUGUAGUUGUCUAAAAGAAACUCUUAUUUUGCACAUCAGAUUGUGGUGUUUUUUUCAUACAGAAGUAGUGAAGAAGCAGUGAAAGGCUGCAUCAAAUGUGGUCAAAUGGUUUGACAAAGAUAUCACUUUGCCUGAUAUCAGAAGCGACUGCCUUGCCUCUCUGGAACUAUUCUGUCUGUACAAACGAAGCCUCUAAUCGUGUUACUUGUUUGUUUUUUUUCUCCCCCCGUUUUAUCAAAAAAAUGAAAUUAGGGGACUGUGAAUGCUAGGUACAUGUUUAUUUUUUAAAUUCUACAUGUGUCAUCUGAUCAGUGUUCUUUGUCAUUUUUGUAAAGAAAAAAACACCAUUUUAUUUAUUUUUUGUUUAAUAUUUUGUGGAUGUUUCAUGCAUUUUAUAUUUGUUCAACUACCUGCAUUGUUUCUUACGGUUAAUAAAAGAGAGCCAUUCA